AUGUUUAGAUUCAAUCAUUUCGAAGAAGAAGAAAUCAAUAGUAAUGACUGGGCUAUGAGUUGGCUACGAUAUUUAUUAAGUGUAGAGUUGCCGUUGGAAUGUGUUUUGCGACUUUGGGACACCUAUCUCUCUGCGCAACUCGGUUUGGAUCUUCACGUAUUCGUGUGUCUCGCUAUUUUAAUUAACUUUUCCGAAGAACUAUUAGAGUUGGAACACUCUGAGAUACUUGGUUUUCUUCAACACUUGCCCGGUAUCGAUAUGGAUCAGAAUAGAAUAUUACUAUUUGAUUUGAAUUUGCUAACAAGAUUCAAAAACUGUAAUAUGAUGUCUUCACCAAUUAUUCAAAAUAAUAAUAAUAACAAUAGUAGUAGCGGUGGUAGUAAUAAUAGUGAAAAUAAUAGUGGUAAAAAGAAUAAUAAUCUAAGUUUUUGUAUUUCAAGCUUUGAAAAUGCUCUUAAAAAUGUGACCACUGGCACUGUAUGCUCACCACCAUCAACAAGUGGUGGAUUACCACCAAUUCCUACUAUUCCAACUUUCAAUGGUAAAUCACCACUGUCCGACGAUGUCAUUCUGGACUACCAGUGCCCUGAGGAUAUCGAUCAACUCCAAAAGGAGGUUAUGAACAUUUGGCCAACAUUCUACCGAUUGUUGUCGGUGAAGCGCGACAAUAUCUUCCGAUCGGUCGUUGAUUUGUUGAGCCAUGCGCUUGGCGGCGAUCGUCGUUACAUCAUUUCACAACUCAAUGAGAAUCAAUCGACACUCAUUCCACUCUACGACAGCAAGAUAUUCAUUGACAAACCGACCACCGCAACCAAUAACCCUGAUCAUCCAAUCACCUCUGCUAUCAACAGCAGCAACUGCAACACCAACACCAAUGGCAGUAGUAAGAUCAACCUCACUACAUUUUCACCGAUUUUCUUAGAACCAAUUCCCAUCACAGGAAACAAAGAUGGUGUACCAUCGCCAUCGGAAAUCCCGUGCAGUGAUAUUCUCCACCAGAUCAAAGACGAACACUCGGUAAUCUACAAUGAAAAAGAAUCGGUUCUUCAGAUUCCUUUGUUUUUUAAAUUCAUUCUCGGUGCAAUUACAAUUAAACCAUUCUACAAACAUGAGCUAGAUAUUCUUAGUUCCAGUCAAUUAAUUAGAUUCGUUAAGAUAAAAGCAAUUAAAGAGAUGGAGAGAAUAAAAUCCGAGUCACUUUUGAAUUUCUUUGUCGAAUUUUCAUGUACCGACUCUAAUGAACUAUUUCACAGUUUAACCAAAUAUCUUUGUUAUUAUCUCGGUGUUAAACAUGCUUUCGUAUGUCAGUUCAUACCACCCGACACCAGUAUAUCGAUAUCGUACUGUAAGGAGGGUGUUAUUCAGCCAAACAUUGAAUACCUACUCUCUGGCACACCAUGUGGUGAGCUAACCGCCAAGAAACCAGUUCACUUUGCAAACAACAUUGUUUCCUAUUUCCCAGAGGACAAAUGGUUGGUCGAAAACAACAUCGUGUCCUAUCUUGGAAUUCCAUUUUUAGAUUCUGUCGGUGACAUGCUCGGUCAUCUCACUGUGAUGAACGAUCGUGAAAUCAAUCCCGAUAUUAUGUAUACCUCUAUCUUGGCUGCACUUGCAAAUAAAACAACAAUGGAACUUGAAAGAAGAAAAGUUGCUGAAAACUUUGCAGUUACAAAGGAAUUGUUGAACCAAUUUCCAUCUACUUCCGUUAUAUUGACCAAUGGAGAAGGAAAGAUCUCCAGAACAUUUGGUGCACAACUAUUUGAUUUCCAGAGUACAGAGUUGAUUGAUCAAUCGAUUGAUAUUCUUCAAUACAAUCAGAACUCACAGGAUAUGCCAUUGUCUCAGAUGAUUCCGGUUAACUGUAAUGCCGACGGUACCACCAAGCCGAAUGAGGGUAUCAAGAAAGAAGUAGUUUGUUCCAAAAAUCCCAAAGAGCAAUUCCCAGCGGAAGUCUACGUAAAGAACAUCAAUAUUCACAAGGACAAGUUCAUUGGUAGAAUGUACGUAAUAAGAGAUAUCACAGAAACCAAGAACAAUCAACGUGUACUCGUUGAGGCAAGAGAUCGUGCUCUCCAAGGUGUACAAAUGAAGAGUCAAUUUAUGGCAUCAAUAAGUCAUGAAAUUAGAACACCUAUGAAUGCAGUUAUUGGUUUAUCGGAAAUUCUAUUAUCAUCAAAUUUACCUCAAGUACAAAUGAAUGUAGUUGAAACACUUCACAAAUCAGCAGAACUUCUCUACUCUAUUACCUCUGAUAUUCUGGAUUUCCAGAGAAUCGAAGCAUCCAAAUUGGAGUUGGAAAUCAUCGAAUUCGAUUUCCAAGGAUGUAUUGAAGGUAUUGUAAAUACUUUAUCACUACAAUUAGAUAAACCAAUCGAAAUACUAUUAUCAUUUGAUAAUAAGAUACCAAAGAUAUUAAAAGGAGAUCCAAAUAGAAUAAGACAAAUACUUUUAAAUUUAGGACAAAACUCUAUAAAAUAUACAAACUACGGACAUAUUUAUAUAAAGAUAUCAUUGUUGGAACACAAUGAUUUCAAAUGUAAGAUUUCAUUCUCCAUUGAGGACACUGGUAUUGGAAUGGAGGAGAGUCAGCACUCAAAGUUGUUCCAGCCUUUCCAUCAGUUGGAUUCAAGUACGACCAGAAACCAUUUACACGUCGCUCUCAAUGUCGGGCGGUCACCACCAACAUUACCAGGAGCAACCGGAUCUCUAUCAGAUGGCACAACGACUCUCGAAACUACAGAAACUCUCCAAGAUUAUUCUGGCGUCGAAUAUUGUCAAGAUUCUAGAGGGUGGCGACGACAAUUCAAACUCCUACCAACACGAGUACUACAGCGCGCAAAACCAACAGUUUGGUGCUAUCAAUUUGUCGGGUCCGUCUUCGUCUUCGAGUGCACUAGGAAAGCGUUCCAUCAACCAGAUGGCUGUCGACGAAAUUGA